AUGAGCAGCAGUUCUCUCUUUGCUGGCCAGUCUAAGUUUGCUUCGAGGUUUCCCUUGAGAUGCUUUUCCUCCUGGAAUUCGCCUAUUCACUGCGACCCCAAUGACUACAACAGAAUCUUCCACGCUAUUGAAAAGACCAACCGGAUUCCACCUCCCAACAAACUGCCCCAGAGAAGAAGAGCUCUGCGCAAGAACAGAACAAAGAAGGUGCUUGUUGAUACCCAGGUGGAAGCUGCGUUUUCUGGGCGAAAGAAGAACUCGUCUGGAUCAACCAGGCACUAUCUUGCCAUACACAAGCUAUCGGUUCCUCAGUUGUUUAACAAAGAAAUUCAAUCAAAUCCAUUGCAUUCAAAUGACAUAAAUAACCCAAAUGGCUGGAAUUAUAUCAAUUAUGAUGAAUAUUACAACUACGAUCAAAUUGAUAUUGAUAAACACAAUGUUUGUGACGAGGUUAACGCCAACAAUACCCAGAACGUCCAUAUUAGGAAAAAGACUUACAAUAUAGAUAUCUCCAACUUUGGAAACCAGGUUAAUAAAAACAGAAAAGAUCUCCCCAACAACAUCAAAUAUCCCAUGAAGAUUCUCGAGACAGAUUUUAAUUCACUUAACGAGGUCUUUUACGCUAAUAACUAUUCCACCAUUACAGAUGAUUUGAGACUGUACUACGUUAUUAACAGUUUUUUAUUCUUAUUCUUAUCAAAUUUGUCCGCUGAUCACUGCAAUUCUAAACACAUUGAAACUGACAUCUUUAAUGGUUUCAAACUAGACUACUUGUCGUUCUCUGCUGUUCACAAAAAUUCAAAUACAAAAAACUCAAUUGUUAAUCUCAAACUAAACAACACCAAUAAUUUUUUGUUUAAUAAUCACAAAAGCUAUUUUUACUCAGAAUACCACUUGAAUAAAUUGCAAUUAAUUCAAUUGAAAUUGGCAUUCUCAAUUUAUAACAAAAAUAUUCAGCUUGAUAAUGAUGAUAACAUCAGUAACACUAAUGACAUUGAUUAUAUUAACAAUCAGGCCUUGUUGAUCCUAAUCUCAACUAUAACCAAAAUUUUUUAUUCCUCCAACAACAAUGCCGUAAUAUCUGAUUAUUUACUAGUUAAUCUACUAAACUUGCUAUUAAUCAACAGAUUGACAAAUUACGCUGACAUUUUAUUGAAAAUAAUUCUUCAACCAAGACUUUAUUUAAUUAAAAACGAAUCGAAUAAAAAAAACUCAAUAAUAACAAAGAUAUCUCUAUCCUCCUCUCUAAAUUUGUCAAAAAAUCUUAUACUCAAAAACAUCAUCCAUUCUUCGAUUUAUUUAUACAAAAACAUCUCUCUAUUCAAAUCAAUUAUAAAUAAAUUAUUUAAUCUUAACGAUAUCAACAUUAAAAAUUACAAUAAUUACAUAAACCAAGUAUACGUCCCAAGAUUAAUAUCAAAUAGCGAGAUCAUUUACCCGUGCUGUCUAAAAGACUCAAAAUAUAAACUAGAUAUAAUCGACUUGAAACCACAAUCAAGUCUACCUUAUACCAACGUCAAUUACAAUAAUCUGGAAAUAGACACCGCCAAAAGAUACAACCUCAUUUCGAAUAGUACAACUUUAAUCAAAAAUGAUUAUUUGAGUGAAUAUGCAAUUUUAUAUAAUUUCAACCCCAAAUCAAAUCAAGAUAUUUCUGAUAAUAAUAACAAUAAUACAAUUUUGUUAAAGGAUAUCAGGAAAUUGAUAAAAUCAAUAGCUAAAAAGGAGUUUUUGCUAAUCGAUAAAAAAACAAUUUAUGUAAUACUAAGAGGCUUGAAUGCGUUUUGUAUUCCAGAAUUGUUUGAUUUCUUUUUAAACAACUUGAUCUUCAAUUCAUUUUUGAUUUUCAAUCCUCAAAAAAUUGCAGAAAAUACAAUCUAUAUGAAUGAGAGAAAAAAAUUGAUAUUCAAUAGUGAAUUGAUGAUCUCUUUAAAUGGCGUCAAUGAUUACACAAAAGAGGCUAAUCUCAACAGAUUUAAAAGUUUCUACUACAUUCAAGAUAUCGAGUCAUUAAGGGCCUUGUUCUCAGUUAAUUUAAUAAAAAUCAUUUUAAAAUUUUGUUUGCACAAUAAAGAUAUUUUGAAAUUCAAAUGGAUUUUCAAAACAUUUGAAAAUCUAUACCUAGUUGAGUAUAUCAACAUAAACUACACAAAGCUCAUCGGUGAGUUUGAGACUGAUCCCAAAAAAUUUGGUCAAAAAUACCCAAACUUUUUCUCAAUCCAUGAUAUAUAUCUGUUUGAAUAUUAUCAAAUGAUUUAUGAAAAUGAUUUAAAAAUCAAAAAUGAUAUAAAUAAAAUCGACUCAAAUAAGGAGAAAUGGGAUACAAUUGAUGAAAUUGAAAAAGAAGUCGAGAUUAAUUGUGUAAAUAGCGAAAUAUUGAUUUUAUUUAUGAAAGUUGCAAUUGAGUUGGAACAGUACUAUGUUAUUAAAAUAUUCCAAGAGAAAUAUUUAAUAAGAUUCAAAGAUUUAAUAUUGUUCAAUAGCGACAAGAAUAUCAAUAAACAUGAUGAAAAACUAGUCAAAUAUUGGAAUGACAUUGAAGGUUUUGUCAUGGAAAAAAUCGACGAGGAAACAUUCAAAGAAUCAAAUCAAAUAUGGAAAAAUUGGAAAUUUUUUAAAUCAAAUUAG